UUGGUAUGUUUUCGGGUAAGCAAUUAAGGUGGAAGUUAGUUUAAACAGGUGAAUAAAAGAAUGGUUAGUCCCUCCAUCUUUCCGAAAGUGAUGUAGGUUCGAUUCUUCAUAGCCCCCAUUCCUGUGAUAAGAUAGGGUAAUUUUUUAUUUUUUUUGGUUGGUGUUAAGACGGCAACGAGCAUCAAAUAGGCAGAGAAGUUCUAACCACUUGAGGUAUCCUUACUUUUUUUUUGGUGUUUAGAGAGCCACAAGGGCGGGGGAGAGAAUCAAUCCCAGAUCCCCUUAAACCGGGAGGAAAACUCUAACCACUUGAGCAAUCUCUCACUCUCUUGAGAUAUCCUUACUCAAAAAACUACUACUAUUUUAGUUCCUUUCAUUCUGAUUUCCUUUAUACUUACUUCCUACUAGUAUACUUUUGGUCACACUCAUCAAUUCAUCAUUUUAAAGCUCAACAAAAAUUGAGCCUGCAUAACAAUGGCGUUCACACCUGUCUCUUUGCCGCAACUUUCAAUUUCUCUUCCUCGCCCUUCAUUGCUACCACGUGGUACAGCUAGAAAACUGAAUGUUACUGCAAAUUACUCUGUUUCCGAUUUUGCUUCUUUGACUGCUAGAAACCUUUCAAGGAGGAUGUUACUUUCCAUGGGAGCUGUACCUAUCUUGUAUAAUGUAAAUCUUGCUCUUGGUGCACCAAUCCCUCAGAUGGAGGAGCCUGAAAUACUUCGUACCAGGAAGCUUCCCAGUGGAGUAAGGGUUCAAGAUAUUGUUGAUGGAGAGGGACCAGCAGCUGAGGAAGGUGAUGUUGUAGCAUUUAAUUAUGUUUGUCGGCGAUCAAAUGGGUAUUUUGUCUACAGCACAGUAGAUCAAUUUACUGGAGAAGCCAUGCCUGUUACACUAACUCUGGAUGAAAAACAGAUCAUAAAAGGCUUGAAGGAUGUAUUAAUUGGCAUGAAAGUUGGAGGGAAGAGAAGAGCCUUGAUUCCGCCAUCAACGGGAUAUGUAAAUGAAAGUUUGAAACCCAUCCCAGAGGAGUUUGGCCCUCGACGUAGCCUUCUGUCUCAUGCAAAUGAGCCUUUGAUCUUUGAGGUGCAGCUUUUGAAAAUAUUGUAAUGCCCUUUAUAUGCUUCGGCUUGCACAUGUUGGUUGGAGUGCACGUCAGAUAAGUUAUCACAUCUUCUGUAAUUAUGAAAUUAGUUUAUAUGAAGCCAUUUCUUGAUUUAUUGAAGCUCUUAAUCUAGAUCAGUACAUCCUUUACAAUUAUGCCUGGCUGGAUGAUACGGAGUACUCUCUUUGCAUAUAUAUGAAUAUAUCUUAUAGGUCUCCCCUGUUUUUGUCGGCCUUAUUGUGAUUUAUGAUACAUGAACCGUUGAUAGAGACAUAAGGAACAUAAAUCAAUUCUAAUUUUGAUGGCUUGUGAGGAUAACCUGUUAAUCUGUUGAAUCUACGAAUAGCCUCAAGAUGAUGUCACGUGUGGUUUCUGAGUACCCUAAUACUAUGUAGUGUUCGUAAUUAAUUAAUAAUGUAUGUCCCUUGCCUAGUUGGCCUUUUUCUUUAUUGAGGUUCUAAAUACCCUCUAUUCUCAUGUCAAUGUCAAUGAUAAUGCAUCUUCCUUAGUUCAUGACUAUUUGUAUUGUUCAUAAACUAAUUUUUAUUUAUAUAUUUUUUUUUAAUUUUUUUUGUUUACUUUACUAAUCUAUGAUUAAAUAGUUAUUAUAAAUGCUGUUGGAUUUAUACUCAAAUGUAUAUAAUCAAAAAUAAAAUAUCACAUUUUCUUGUGUAAUUGAAGUAAAGUAUGUAAAUAGUUUACAUUAGAGAAAUGUUGCAAGUAAUAAAAAAAAAAAAAAA